AUGGUGGAUGCUUCUGGAGACAGACUAUAUGGACCCUGGCUACUGGCAAAAAACAAAGGACCCUCCAGGACUUGGGGCAAUACAGAGGACUCUCAAAGAGUGAAAAUGGCGGUUUCACGCCGGGGAUCUCAAUUCAGUUUGUUGACAGAGGACAAUGAAGAUAGUGAAGCUGCGCAGGCCAAGUCCCCUCCUCGUGUUCCAUUUACCUUCUCUACGGGGGGCGAGAGUCGUGACAAAAUUCCAUUGGAAGAUACUGUAGCUGAGCACAAUGAACCAAAAUGCUACGGGGCUGUACGUGAGCCCAGGUCGGCUACAGAGCUCUCUUUUUGGGGACACCAAGAUACUGGAAAAGUGACUAACACUGUGGAGAAUGGGUCUGUGCUAAGCUCUAUGAGUAAUGUUGGCCCAUCUAAUGUUCGGCUUGUUUCUGCUGGGAGUGGUCUGGACCCUACGAAACAUCAGGUUGCCCAGUUUGUCGACAGCCAGCGUCACAAGAAUAAUCGAAACACAUCCGGCUCAAUUGUGAUUGACCUGAUGAAGACUGCUGAAAUGGUUGUUGACCCGGAUCCACCACAUAGCUCAGUCCCUCGACUGGACAACGUGGGUGGCGACGGGGCUUUGGAUGAAGAU